AUGUCCUUCUACCCCCCGGGCACCGCCAAUGGCCGCCUCGAUGGCUUCGAGUUCACGUUCGAAGCCAUCCCCGACAAGACAUUACUGCACGACAGCCAAAUAGAAGUCGACCCCGAUCCUCAUGAGGGUGAGACCGACUCCCUGCCGGACGAUAUCGGGUGUUAUCCCAGGCAUUUCGGCAGGACCUAUCACGCUUAUAGAGCGGGCUCCUAUGUGUUCCCCAACGAUCCAGCCGAGCAGGAGCGCUUGGAUCUGCAAUCCCUAGCUCUUACGGAACUGUUCAGCGGCAGGUUACACUUUGCUCCAAUCGCCGUGGAAGGCUCCCCCAAACGCGUCCUUGACGUCGGGACGGGGACCGGAGCAUGGGCCAUGGACAUGGGAGACAUGUACCCCGAGGCCCGCAUAAUCGGGGUCGACCUCUCGCCGAUUCAAAGCAACACCGUCCCACCAAACGUUCAUUUUUAUGUCGAAGACGCCGCCCAACCGUGGGCAUGGCCCGACCCCUUUGACUACAUCCACACCCGCUCCCUCCUUGGUUCCUUUGGCGACUUCAAGAACGAGGUCAUCCGGCAGGCCUUCGACUCCCUCCGUCCGGGCGGCUGGCUCGAGUCCCAGGACUUCAACGCCGAGGGCAUUAGUGACGACAACACCCUGAAGCCGGACGCCGCGCUGUCCCACUGGUUCUACGACAUGAACCAUGCGAGCGAGCUCAUCGGCCGCCCUCUGUCGAGGUCGCACCUGCUGCGGCAGUGGUACGAGGAGGUCGGCUUCGUCGACGUGCAGCAACGGGUGUUCAAGAUGCCCAUCAACGGGUGGGCAAAGAGCCCUCGUCACAAGCACGUCGGGAGGCUAUGGGAGCAGAACUACCUCGACGGGCUGAGCGGGCUCAGCAUGGCCCUGUUCACGCAGGUGCUGGGAAGGAAACAGGAGGAGGUGCAGGUGUCGCUGGUGGACGUGCGCAAAGACGUCUCCAACAUGCACAUACACGCCUACCAGCACGUAUGGGUGGUAUGGGGCCGUAAACCGUAUCCGGGCGAAACUGUCCCCUCGAGGAGUCCUCCCGAGGACGGGAACCAGGCCGAGUGA